AUUGAGACUUCGCAGUUCACAGAUCUUUCUCGAUUCAAUGUAAGAUUAUCACACGCGAGCGGGACAGGAGGAAAAAGUUCAGACAGGUUUGCAUGAAACCAUAAGUUGGAUCAAAUCAAGAAUGGGGCGCAAUGAAUAGAUCUUACUCUUGUCUCCUACGCUGUCGAAGCAAAGCACGUUGGUUGAGCGCUAAGACUUCAUCGAAGAAAAUUCACACAAAAUCUUGGCCUCUCACAGUUUACACUCAAAUACUGUUGAUUCCCAAAUUCUCUAUCAGCUUGCGAUUUGAUGCCAUACGACGACUUGAUCAAAAACCCUAGAACCGCGUCAUUAAAGCAAAUCAAAGAGUACCAAGAGAGGGCUGGGUCGAUCCUCUACACCGCAAUCAUGCUAAAGUCACAGAAUAACAGAUUUAGUUGACUAGAGGCCCCGAGAUUCUGGAUCUUGCUAUCAAAGCAGUCAGAACUAUCAUGGAGAUUUAUUACAACGUUCUGGAUAUUAUUGUGCCGGGCUUUGUCUUUCGAGCAUUUAAUGUUGUACAAUUAAGAAGACGGUCUUUAGCAAAGCAACAUACAUUCAGGCCAGAUUAUGAGUUCCAGGAGAAUUCAUAUUGUUUGUGAGUUGCUCUUACUCCUCACUGUAUCUUCCCAGCAGCAUUGCUAUACAUCACCAAAGCAAUAGGAAUAUAUAUCUCCAAUCGAAGGAGCUAAACACCCUCUACCAUGUUACCACAAGAACCUCGAGAGUCCUACACUUGGGACGACUCCUGCUUCAAUGAUUGGAUCAAAUCAUCCCCCGAUGCAUCCACCUAUCUUCAUACAGACGAUAGUCUAUCCUCUCGUCGAAUCAGAGUUACCAACUUGCUGUCCUCUCCAACACCUACACGAUCAACUACGACGUCGCCAGGGUACAAUGCCACGACUUCAAACCCAACAGACAAAACUAUCCCAAGCCUUGUAAGAUCGCCAAGAAGCUCAGAUCUGGUUGGUUUAUAUCGAAGCACAAGCAAUUCGACAGUCGAGGAAGGAUACAAUAAAUGUAACGUGCAGUCCGAUGGUUGCGGAUCGCUCAAGUGGGUGCAGCGAGAUGUGAAAGGUAAAGAGAAGGCAAAGGACAUCAGUAUGUUGGAAGGCUCUGACUUCGCGAAAUGCUAUCCUGAAGAUUGGGAAGGAUUGUGGAAGAACAAUGAGAUGCAAGCGAGAUGCCUAGACACGUGCAAGAAUAACUAUGAUGACCGGGACUUCGAUAUGAACUACACAGACGAGUACAGAAGAGCCAAGACUCGGGAUGACGAUAUGUUUCUCUCGUCCCCAUCCCAAGAUUAUGUUGGACCAAGGAGCUCGCCUACUUGGGUCCGUGGAAGAGAGGGUACUUCCAGCUCAGACUACAACUAUGACAAAAUGGCUAUCGAGGAAUUGAUGAAAGACAUGGAGGUCUACUCAGACACCGACAAUGAACAGACUGAAGAUGUAUCCCACCUUUCCAGAAUGCUCUUUGGCCCUAGUUGUUCUCCUGGAAUCGGCAGCUCAAAGUCCUUUGGCUUGACAGCAGACGGAAAGAGAAAAGCGAGUUAUUCUGAUCUGGACGAGCCCAACUUCAAAAAGCGACAUAUCGAAAAUCCUUUGCGGGGUGAAAGAUUCAUGUCGUCAGCCAAUCCGCUCCUACAUGGCAAAAGAAUGGGUAGCCCCUGUUCCGAAGAGCGACACUUCAAGAAACGCCAUGUCUUGAAUGGCGAGAGGGGCGUCUCCAUGGCAUACCCCGUCCAUGACGCCCAACAUAUGAUGUACAGCUGUGAUUAAAUGAUAACGCACACUCAAGUUUUUUUUUACAUCGGAUUGAGUUGACUCCGGUGUCUUGGGCUUUUCCACUUUUACACUAUCUCGGGAAGGCCGUCGCAGCAAUUAACGGAGCUGGGCCAUCAAGCUUUGGAACUUGCCUUCGUUGGGAUGCGGAAGCAUAAUUAGGACGAACAGCAUCCUAGCACUUGCUUAAUGUUCUAUUUGGUAUUGGCUUGUUUGGUUGGCGUUUGGGUACUGGUUUCGCAAAUCAGAUGAGAUGAAUGACACGAGCACUUGUGAUACUUUUCCCUCUUGAAACAAGGUUCACGCAUCGCAAAGCAGCAACGCUGUACAAGGGAACACGGCUAACAAAAAGCCGAG